AUGCGCCUUAUCAUUUCUUCCCAAGCAGCAAUGGCGUCCUCCUUUGCGGUGUGCAGAUUACAUAUGACGGGUAGGGGCAGCCUGCUGAAGUGCUUAAAGAGGGUCGACAGUCUCACUAAAAGAAACAUCGUAUCAAAUGUUGUUGCGGCUCAAGGCGAGGCCGUCCACAAAGAAGAAACUGAUGAGAAGGGUGGACCCCAUUCUAUGCCGACCCUCCUGUUGAAGAGACAAGAACAGGCAGAGAGAUCUGUUCUCAUCAACUGCCUCGUCAAAACCAAUGAGAAAAAGUUUGUGGAAUAUUUAUCCAGUCAUGGAGAAAUCAAGAAAUACUUCUUUUAUGAAAGUUAUGGAAUAUAUGCUGUUGUAGAAUACACCAACCGGGAAAGUGUCUCCUCAUUACUUGAAGAUGCAGCUUUUCCCAGUGUCAACCAUGAGUCCAUGGUGCCUUUUAAAUCAAGACUACUGUCACUGAGGAACACCGGUUCAGCUGACACAACAAACAAGCAACUAGACCAGCUGUGCCAACCACAAACCACUGUUCCCAUCAAUGAGCUCAUCCAGAGGCUAUCCAGGGAGGAGAGUAUAGACCAGCAGGUAACCUCCUUGACAGAAGCUUAUCAGCUAACAGAUGAGAACACCAGACUGCGCUUCCUCGUCUGCUCUCUGCUCAAGGACAUUGCUGUUGCUUAUUUCCCAGAAUGCACUAUCAAGCCCUUUGGCUCAUCAGUGAAUGGCUUUGGGAAGCUCGGCUGUGACCUGGACAUGUUUCUAGACCUUGAUGGCAUCAGUGGGAGAAAACUGCCAAAGUCUGGUCUGUCCCUGGAGUACCAGAUGAAGAGGGAAAACUCUGAGCGGGCCGUCACUCAGAGCAUCCUGUCCGUCAUCGGGGAAUGUGUGGAUCAGUUUGGACCUGGCUGUGUUGGUGUGCAAAAGAUUCUUAAUGCAAGAUGUCCCCUGGUUCGCUUCGCCCACCAGCCUUCUGGUUUUCAGUGUGACCUCACAGCCAACAACAGGGUGGCGAUGAAGAGCACAGAGCUGCUCUACCUGUAUGGGGAGCUGGACCCACGGGUCCGCUACCUGGUGUUCACUGUGCGUUGCUGGGCCCGAGCUCACGGCAUCACCAGCAGCAUUCCUGGAGCCUGGAUCACCAACUUCUCCCUCACCGUCAUGGUGUUGUUCUUCCUGCAAAAGAGGAGCCCCCCUAUAAUCCCAACACUGGACCACCUCAGGGACCUAGCAGGUCCCACAGACAAGUGUGUGAUUGAGAGCAACGACUGCACGUUUGUCACCGACUUCAGCAAGAUCCAGCUCCAGAGCAACACAGAAACCCUGGAGAAACUUCUCUGUGAGUUCUUUGAGUUCUACGCUUCAUUUUCAUUCAACAGGAUGUCCAUUAGUAUCAGAAAGGGCAAAGAGCAGAACAAGCCAGAAGUGGCCCCACUGCACAUCCAGAACCCUUUUGAAACCUCUCUGAACGUCAGCAAGAACGUCAACGCUGCACAGCUCAACCGCUUCUUAGCUUUGUGUCAGAACAGCUUGUGGCUGCUCCAGCAGAACGAAAUCAGGACACCAGGAGGCACAAACGCUGCCACACCUUGGGGACUUGCCUCUCUCCUCCUGCCCUCCCAGGCUGCGGGGGUCAAAAGUAGGAAGAAGAAGAGACGAGAGCCAGCCAGUGAGAGGAUAAAGAGCUUGCUGGAGUCAUUAAAAAAUAACCAGCAAAAGAAAAGCUAAGACUCAGCUCAGUUCUCCAACUAUAACUUUAAAUCUUCCAGUCGUGGGCGUCAGGGUUUUAUUGCCUGAUGCUGCACAGAGGAGGUGAGGAGAAACUUCUGUUGUCAGCUGUUGUUCAGAACAUGGACACUGGAGGGUGCAAGUGAGUCCUGUAUGUGCUUAUUUUUGGGACCUGAAAUAAAGGAGUUGUCAUUGUGUA